GUACUUUCGCGUGGCUGGACUGGACUGACUGGGGGACCUUUUCCCGUCACACCCCUUCCCUUCACACUCAACUCAACUAAACUCCCUUACCUCGCUGUACUCGCAAACCUCUCUCGAAACACAGAUUUCCCUUUCCUCAAACAUACUCACUCCUCGUUCUCUCUAAAUCGCAUCCGACUACAAAUCAACCGUCACUCACUUUGAAAUCUAUAUCGAAUUAAUAUUGAAUGCGACUGCGCCUGCGAACUGUACGUGGACUAAUACCCUGAAACGGCCCGUCCCUGUUGCGCAAACGCACCGAAUUCCCCACCACCAGCCCCAUCGAUAUCGGCAAUUUUACCAACUCAGCGAAUCGAGAGAGCAAGGCGACCUAAUCGCAACACAAUAAAUUAUUCGAAGCAACCUGACCGCAAGGAGGACACCUAACUACACAUCCGAGAUUAUGUCUGGCUCAUCUCCAGUCGCGACGACAUAGCACGAACCGAACCCGCGAAACGAGGACAAGGCGCCAGAACUAGACGGUCGCAUCGCACACACGACAAUCGAGACGCAUGAGAAGAUGACCAUCUGGCCGUUUGGGAGGAAGAAUAGUCGCAAGAAAAGUAGUCUGGGGUUGAAGACGUCUGCGGCAGAACCGACGACGAUGGACAGGGUGAGGUCGCGGGAGGCCGGGCGACUGAAUGGGAGUGAAGUUGGCGCCGCGGGAGAGCUUUCGCGAAAGAGAACUGGGCGCGAGAGGCGACGGAGGUCGAGGGAAAGCAAGAAGUUGCAACGCGAUCCGCCGAAGAGGAAUUACAGCUACUCUCCGGGUCGGUCGGAGAACCUUGGGGUCCGAAGAGAUGGCCGCGCACACCCGCCGUUGCCCGAUAAUGCCGUUGCGAUAGUGGCAAGGUCGGCUUUCGCUGCCAACGGGAGAGCGCAAACCGAAGACAUGGGAAGGGUUCCGACGCUCCAUAAACGAACUGCGCAGGACCUGAACAGGCGGAAGUCGAGCAAGAAGCGGAAGGAAGAUCACGAUAGGGCGGCGGAAAUCAAAGCCAUGAGCAAGUUCAUGCCGACUCCGGUGCGCGCAGCGACUACACCAGACUGGAGUGGAAGCCCGAUAAGGAAAGACACGAAGAAGUUACAUGGUAUCAACAGAUUAUUUACGAGCACGACAUCAGACGUCUCAUUGCCGAUACCAGACUCGCUUCGCUCGUCAAUGUCGUCGGAUUCUGAGCGAUUCGCCUCGUACGAGCUGAAAGGUAUGGAUUUAUUUACCCCGCGACCUACGAUAAGGUACAGCGAAAACCCAAAGUUCAAGCAGUACGAAAGUGGGGUCGGUAUUGAGCGAUCCAACUCCUCGAAGAGGAAGAGGGCGUUGGAAAAGGUACCUGUACCCGAAGAAAAGCCGGCUUAUCGGAAGCGUAUCGAUGACUUGGCCGAUGAUCUCGAUGCAGGCGCUCUGAGAGAACUGAUGGAGAGGGAUAAUAGGCGGAGGGAGCAGAAGAGGACUUCUGAACGAGAGGCGAUGGCGCAGAGGGUGGCAAGGCGAAAGGAGAGGCAAAAGGCCGAGGAAAACCAGGCUAUCAUCCAUGGCAACGAGCCGGCGAAGAACAUGGAUCGGGGAGUAAUGGGACGGGAAUUAAUGGGGCUUGGAAUUGAAGGCCAAACACCGGUGGAAGCUGCGGCGCAACAAUCGACAGAACCUGUGACGACAACCGAUGGUGCUGCGGAUGUUAGGAAUGAAGCUCCAGAGACCGCCGCGCAGAACGUUCCCGCUGGCAUCCUAGUAAAUGGAAGCCCGCCCAGCCCAGACCUGGAAUCUCCAGGGAGCGAACAAUCGGAGCCAGUCUUAGCAACUGCUCAGAUCGCUCGGUUAUCGCGGGCGACCAUGUCUCCUCCGCCAUCACUACAAGCUGGCCACCACCGGAAUGCAUCGAGCGUAUCGCAGAUCAACGACCUGCCGACACCGCCGAAAGCGACGGAAUUGCCCAUGCCGAUUCCACAAGUGGAACACACCCCGGCGGAGCUCUCAAAGCAGGACACGUCAAGGACGAGUUUCGACACUGGAAGAAGCAGCAGCAAGCAGCAGUCGUCAUGGAAGUCGUGGUUCAAGCGGAGCUCGAAGGAGAAGCGGUCGUCAAUUCAAUCGUCUUUCUCGAACACAACUCGCGAAUCCACAGUGGCACCCCCGCCAGCUACGAUUAUCUACGCUAUUCCGAUAGUACAUCCACCUGGACCAAAGAGGACUAUGUCACGUUUCAGGGAAGACUUACCGGAACUGCCAAUGUCACCGCCAUAUUCCAGGGUCCAGUCUCCAGAACUCGAUAUCAUGCGAGUACAACCGAUUGAAAGGUCGCUUCCGAUGAACAUUACCAGUGGUCGAAAGUCAGCCGAACCUUCAUCACAGAUGCAGCUCGAUACAUCGAGUGGCCACCGCACUCAUUUGCGCUACGAGACCCCUACUCGUGGACACCCCGCAGAUAUGCCGUCCCCAGAACCGCUCAACGCCUUAUCACAGUCUUUAGCAUCCAUUGAUUCCGAAGGCUCAUGGCUAUCUGGACGCGCAAGAGCGAACUCCAAGAGAAGCUCACGCCAGAUCCCCCUUACGCAGUCAAGAGACAGCCACAGCUCUCUCAUGAAGCGAUACAGAGACCUCUCCGAUUCCGCAGAAGAGCUCGGCAUAGCUGAAGACGAAUACUACAACCGCCUGACACCGGGGCCAGAUGACAUGUAUAACAAGUCGAACAUGGCCAACCGCAUCAGCGGCAACCCCAUGCCGUCGAGCGACGAAGAGGAUGGCGAGAGCCUGGGAAGCCCCGUUUCGAAAAGCAGCAAAUGGGGCGAAGUGGCCCGCACACCGAAGAUCGUUCACCGCGAACCCCGUGCCGCAUCAAGGCAGGGCAGGUUAAACGAUUUCCAGGACUACGAUUCUGGCGACGACGGGAAGCUCGACAGCCCGCUUUCGCCUCCCAAGGAUGGCGAGGACUCGGAGACUGCUGAGUCCCCAGUGACGCCGGUUGGGGGUGGCGGUCUGGAGCGAGCAACGAGCGUCGAUUACAAGAAAGCACAUAUGAGAGCCGUCAGCGCCGGGAGCGCGAGGCUACUGGACCUUAAGCCGAGAGCUUCGGGAGAGUCGAAGAGGACGAGCAUCGGCUGAGUUGGGAUAGGGGGGAUCGUUUCGAUUUGGAGACGACUGAUGAUGGAUGAGGAUUGGAAUGGAUGAGACUUGAUGACGACGACGACUAGCACCACACUCUUUUUGCGAUUUCCUAUGUCCGAUGCCGAUAGGCGCCCACACUCGUUUGAAUAUUUCACAAAUAUUGUUUCUGGGUCUACGGACCCCUGAUUUACCGCUACGUCUACGUCACCGAGUUCCUCACACAUCCAACACCACACCCAGAGUCGUCCGAUCUCCAUCUAGCGAUCAAACUGAUAUCAACCUGCCGACCGACACCCACACGGGCUUCACCGCGCAAUUUCUUUUAUCGUCUAACUGUCCGAUAUAUCCGCUUAUAGAUUUCACCUGCUAUUACACAUUUCUUACCAUCACAACAGCAGCGGCAGCCAGAACAUCAAAUCACUGGAUUCUGGACUACUUGCUUCUUUGCUAUCAUGUCAUUGUAUGCUCUCCUUAAGUCUAGCGGGCCCUGGGCAGGAAACCAUGUAUUGUUGGAAUCGGAUUGGGAUUGGGAUUAGGUUGGGAAGGUAUGGGAAUCCGGAUGUACUUUGCACAUUGUGCUUGUUUAGCUCAGGGAUUGGUGUAAAGGAGGCGGCGGUGUCGCCAUGGAACGAGAGGAGGGGAAUCAAGGGAGGGAGGAUAAUAGAAGAAGGGGCAGUGCUGUGCCAGCGCCGUAGCUGCCCUGGGGGCUAUUGAGAGAGGAGCCAAUGUGUGUGGCCGGGAUCCCAAGGAGGAUUGCCCCGUGUAGCUGGAGUCGUACAAUACCACUUUGUUUUGAAUCUCACAACAUGCUGUGCC